AUGUGUAGAUGAGUGGAGAGCAGCAGUGAGGAGAAACAAGAUCACAGACUCGCAGAAUGAAAACCUUCCAGACUCUGAUCCUCGUGGCUGUGGUGGGCCUCUCUCUUGCCCACAUAAGGAACAAGAGGUCAAUCCCCCAGUUCAUGGAAAUGAUCGCCUGUGUGAUGCCAGAGGGUCGGACUGUUAUGGAGCACAACAACUAUGGUUGCUACUGUGGCUAUGGAGGCCAGGGAACACCUGUGGAUGACAUGGAUAGGUGCUGCCAAGAACAUGACAAUUGCUACGAAAACACAAGGUCGAUGGUUGAUGGUUGUCACCCUAUUUUCGACAACCCUUACACCGAGUUGUACAGCUUCUGCUGCAAACGCAAUGUGAUCACCUGCGGCUGUGGAAACGACAACUGUGAGGCGACCCUCUGUGAAUGUGACAAGAAGGCCGCUGAGUGUUUUGCCAGAACACCAAUCAUCGAGAAAUACAAGGACAUGUCCAGAGAAAACUGUUAGGAGAGUCCGACAAGAUCUGCAUAAUGUGUUCUGGUUGAUGUCUGUAUAGUCGAUCUGUAAUGUCAUCACCAUCCUACUGAAAAGCUCUUUGUUGCUGAAGCUUUGUCUUAUCUGAAUAAAAAUGAUGCAGUCAUCGCUCACA